GUAGGAGCAAGCUUUACGGAGUCUACCCGAAGGACUGGGUGGCUACUAGGCUGCCAAUUCUGAGACUUGUCCAUGCUUCGGCCAUGUCGCUGUAUUUCAAGCAAGCGCCAGCCGCGGUGAACAAACCUUUACGUGACUUCCACUUACAGUCAGCCGAGACUUGUCCAUGGACGUCUUUGCAUACAAGGAUGGUCGGCGUCAAUCUGAUUUCUCGAUUCAAUUCGAGAACAUAUUUUUCGUCAUCGUACCCUCUUGUCUGUUCCUCCUUUUUGGUCCAUGGCGAAUCUUCUGGCUCGCAAGGCAAAGACCAUCGGCUACAUCAGAAACCUUGCUUCGCUGGAAAUCUGUCAUAAACGUUGCAUAUUGUGCGAUUGGGCUCAGUUUGCUUGUAAUUUAUCUGAAGCAGGACAAAAAUGGUAUCUCAAUCACCGCCAACACAUUACUCGUCCUGGAUGCAGUCGCAAUAUGUAUACUCUCAUGGUACGAACACUGGAGAUCGUCAAAGCCGUCCUCAAUUCUUGGAGUUUAUCUCUUGUUCACUGCCAUGACCGACAUCGUUCGAAUACGGACUCUCUGGCUUCUCGAUGACACUGCUCUGGGUAGCUUACUCACAGCGUCUCUAGCGAUCAAACUGGUGAUGAUAGUCCUCGAAGAAACAGCCAAGACAUCAACGCACCGCGAGAAGUCUCAUCAAGUAAUGGAUCAGGUAUCUGGCAUCUAUGGCAAAUCUCUUUUCUGGUGGGUGAAUGGUGUUUUGAGAAAAGGAUACCACAAAACCUUUGUGCUGCCGGAUCUGUCUUCGCUGGACAGAACAAUGAUGGCGGAAGAUCUUGUUGCACGAUUCCAAGUGUACUGGACCACGUUCGGGAAUAGACCAGGAAGACUCAUUCUCGUCUCACUGGGCCUCAUCAAGUGGCAUCUGCCAUCUACGAUUGCCGCACGCGUACUGGUUGUAGGAUUUAACAUUUGCCAACCUCUUUUGAUGGAGGCUCUUCUCAACUUCUUGCAAAACGAGAACGAGGGAACGAACGUUGGAUAUGGUCUUCUUGUCGCUUUUGCUCUUGUGUACCUCGGAAUGGCGGUGUUCAACGGCAUCUAUUAUCGCAAGGUCUACCAAAGCGCCGCCACUAUCCGUGGCGGUCUCAUCGCCAAUAUCUACAGGUCAACUUUGUAUAGGCGUGCUACUAUAGAAGAUGACUCGAAAGCUCUCACAUUGAUCAGCGCUGACGUCGAUAGAGUGUCCAAUAGUAUGAGGUUCAUGCACGAGUUCUGGGCAGAGCCGCUGCAAGUAGCAAUCGCAACCUGGCUUUUGCAGAGACGGGUGGGAGUAUCAUUUGUCGUACCUAUCAUUAUCACUCUACUAACAACAUUGGGGGUCUCGUUCGCCUCACGGUGGACCCGAGUAUACCAAGAGAAGUGGAUGUCUGCUAUUCAGAGUCGAGUCGGAGCUUCGUCUGCAGUGCUCUCUUCCAUGGAAGCCUUGAAGAUGACAGGAUUUACCCAAAGCUCAUCUAUCAUCAUCAAACAACUCCGUGAGACUGAGGUCAAAGCGGGAAAAUCCUUUCGUUGGCUUGAAGCUCUGACGGCGACUUCAGCCUAUCUUCCUGCUUUGCUUUCUCCACCAAUCACAUUUGCUAUCUUUGUUGCAGUCUCGUCGGCUGAAUAUGAUGUCUCGAGGAUACUGACAUCACUAUCGCUUCUGCAGCUCAUUACGCAGCCUCUGUCUUCCUUGUUCCAGGUAGUCGUGCCUUUUGUGGGUGCUUUUGCUUGCCUAACACGGAUUGGAUCAUACCUGGAAGCCGGUGACCCCGAGUCUGAAGGUUUGUCUUCAGAAGGCGCCAGCGUGCGGCAUGACACGGUCAUGCAUAACGAUGUUGACAACGGAGUGGAGCUGACUGAACCGUGGACGAGGCUUUUGCCUGUGCGUGGACAGCGAAGUGCAAAGCCAUCCAUCAUCAUUAAAGAUGCGGACAUUGGCUGGAACACCUCUACAGCCGUUCUCCACAACCUGAACGCGACUUUCUCAACCAGCUCUUUCAACUUCAUACUCGGACCAGUAGCAAGUGGCAAGUCUACUCUGAUCAGAGCUAUCUUGGGAGAAGCCAAGGUUAUACGUGGAUCAGUCGUUUCACCCUGGUCAGCGUUUGGAUAUUGUGAUCAGAAGCCUUGGCUUCAGAGUGCUACGAUCAGGAAAAACAUCAUCGGAUACUCAACUUACGAUCCAAACUGGUAUGCAACUGUCUUGCAUGUCACAUGUUUAGACGAGGACAUUAGAGUGAUGUCAAAGGGGGAUCAAACUCCGGUCGGAGAUAGUGGCACAGCCCUCAGCGGUGGGCAGAAGAAACGAGUGGCCCUCGCCCGAGCGAUCUAUUCGAGAUGCAAGGCACUCAUCUUAGACGAUCCUUUCGCCGGCCUCGACUCGGAAACACAAAGGAUAGUUUCUCAGCGCGUUUUCGGCCGUGAAGGGAUUCUUGCUAGAAACACGGACAUAGUCAUCACAACGACUACCUCAUUGACGCCUAUCUCACAAUACGACCAUGUGGUACUGCUUGGUCAAGAUGGCCAAGUGCAAGGUCAUGGAUGUCUACAGGAUCUACAGCCAUUGCUUCCAAAUGCUCUUGUCCUUGAAGGUAUAAACAUCAAGCCCGACUCUGCAUUGCAACAGGAAGAAGCACCGACGGUGCAUGUUCCAGAGACCGUCAAGUUGAACCGUGGUAAUGCUACAGAUGCAGCUGUCUUCCUGUAUUACUUCCGUUCGAUCGGAGUGCUUUCUUUGGUGGCGUUUCUGAUGCUUACAACGUCGUUCGCCUUCUUUUCUGUGUUCCCGACAAUAUGGUUGCAAUGGUGGGCCGAGGCCGGUAACAACGCUAGCCUGUAUCUUGGAGUGUAUGCAGGAUUGCAAGUUUCGGCGGUGUUUUGUAUACUCGCACUUUGCAGCUUGACAUUGGUCCAUAUGGUAGCAAAAUCUGGUCUACAUCUCCACAAGACCAUCCUGGCGACAGCAAUGAAUGCAUGUUGGCCCUCCUUUGUUACCACAGGCUCUGCGGAUAUACUCAACAGGCUCACCCAUGACCUUGGAAUCAUCGAUUCCGAGUUACCUGAACUACUGCUGGAUCUAGUCUGUGUUGCGUUCACUCUCGUUGGCCAGGCGAUACUCAUUGCUAGAUCCAACUGGUAUAUUGCCGCAGCUUAUGUGCCACUGAUCGGUCUUCUCUGGGCCAUACAGAAGAUCUAUCUGCGCACCUCAAAACAAUUGCGACACCUCGAGCUCGAAGCGAAAGCACCUUUGUACCGCCAAUUCACCGAGACUCUGGCUGGUCUUUCGACGAUCCGAGCAUUCGGCUGGGAAGAGAAGAGUAUCGCUACUAACAACGAUCUUAUCGACCAAGCGCAAAGGCCAUACUAUCUUCUUCUCAUGGUGCAGAGAUGGUUGAGUUUGGUCCUGGAUCUCAUCACCGCAGGCAUUACGAUUUUAGUCGUCGGACUAGCCAUUGCACUCAGAGACAGUGAUUCGACUGGCUCAGUCGGUGUUGCACUUCUGAACAUCAUGUCUUUUGCGACAUAUACCCGUCUAGUGGUUGUUCUCUGGUCAAGCACCGAAACAGCACUAGGCGCCGUCUCCAGAAUCAUGACAUUUGAGGAAUCUAUACACCUCGAGACAACCCCAGACAUUCUUUCGCCAACUACGCCAACUGCUCUCGGAGCCGGUCCGAUCAUCUUCACCACUGUCUCUGCAUCUUACUCUUGCCCCUCUAACCCUCCCGCACCUUCGACCCUCAGCAAUAUCUCCCUAACCAUUCCUCCCGGAGCUAAACUCGGCAUCUGCGGUCGCAGCGGUAGUGGAAAAUCCUCCCUCGUCAAAACACUCCUCCGUAUGCUCGACAUUUCCACCGGCAACAUUUUUAUCUCCGGCACCUCCAUCACUUCUAUUUCCCCCAACCUUCUACGUCAAUCCAUCACCACCGUCACCCAAGACCCUUGGUUCCUUCCUGGAAGUGUCGGCUUUAAUUUAGACACCACUGCCACUAUUCCACAUGAGGAAAUGAUAGAAGCACUGCAGAAGGUGGGAUUGUGGCAUAUCUUCGCACCACAAGGUUUAGAAGUGACGAUGAAUGAAAAGGUGCUUUCGCAGGGGCAGAAACAAUUGUUUUGUUUGGCCAGAGCGUGUGUUCGACCGAAGAAGAUUGUCAUCUUGGAUGAAUUCACCAGCGCCGUUGAUACAGAAACCGAAAAUCUAAUGCUCGAUGUCGCCAAUCAGGCUUUCAAGGAAAGCACUGUUAUAGCCGUAGCACAUCAUUUAGAUACGAUUAAAGACUACGACAUCAUCGUUGUAAUGGACAAAGGCGAAAUCGUCGAGACUGGGCAGCCGGGUGAGUUGUUGGAGAGGCAAAACUCGAGGUUUAGAGACAUGGUUGAGGGAGGGCGGUGAAUAUGGGGAGUAAUGUUGUUGAUCUCUUAUGUUUUUCCGUCCCGCUCGAUUCUUUGUUUUGCUAUGUGGUUUUCUAGUUACUGUUCAAUUGCCGU